AUGACGGACGUACAACUUGUGGAAGACUUGACAAGACUCUUUGUCGAGGAGAGGUUCUAUGACAUUGUUCUUUUUAUGCCGGCUCUUGGGGCUCGCGAGAUCCCCACGGGUGUCCGGUUGGUGCUUGCUGCGACCCUUUUCCAGCUUGGGAGGGUUUCCAGUGGCAUGCGGGAACUAGCAUUGGCGAUAGAGUUGGCCAAUGACUGGAGAGAGAGAAGAAUAGUCUUGUGGUAUUUGGCGGUAGGGUUUGCCAAAUUGGGCAAAGUUAGCGAGAGAGAUGCAUGUUUGGUGGAGCUUGGAGAGUUGAAAGAGGGUCACCUUACAAGAGAGACAGCUGAAGACUUCAAUUGGCCACUCUAUGAACGGUCAAGAGACCUGAGAAGUUUGCCGUUGAUAGUCAGUGUUCCUCUCCAUGUCCAAGCUAGGGGCUUUCUCUCCAGUCAUGGGAACCUUGACGACUAUUCCUUGGGGAGAAGAUGUAUCCAUCUUGACCAGAUGGCUAGAAUUGCUCUUUCUCCAGAGGCUCUCUCCCUAUGUGAUCUCUUCAAGAUGUUCAAAUACUUUGGGCCCUUGUACUUCUAUGACGAGUUACUCAAACCCGACUCCCUCCUUGAGCGGCAAAUCCAUCAGGAAAUGCUCAAUCAGCCAGAUUUAGACUUCAACAACGACGGUUCCCCCGCAGGACUCAGCCUCAGCCUCACUCCACUUCUAAAUGAAAUCUCUCCGGUAACCUCCUUGUCAAGGUGCUCCCUGGUGAUCAAAUUACAAGUAGUCCGGGGGUUCUUGCUCCACCUCCAACAAUCCCAUUCAAGGGCCAUGCAAAUCUUCCAGUGGGUGCUCCACCUCUUUGAAGAGAUGGAGUCCAAACUCCCGGCCACUCUCUUCAAUUGCAACGAGUACUACAACCCCACCACCAAGCGAGUGGUGCUGCUCUUGAUGGUGUCCUCUGCAAACCUUGCGGACAACACGUCGGUCGAUUAUGACCAGUUGAUCGCAACCCUAGUGGCCUGUAGCCACGACAUGAACAUCUCCUCAGAGUACCUGAGCGGGAGGUUGUGCCAAUACUUUCUCUGCUGUGGCGGGCUCUACGAAAAACUCUCCUACAUCAAGGCCAUUGACGUCAACAUUGAAGAAGACCCACGCGGAGGUGCUGUCUGGAAACGUCUUUCCCCGGUCCACGUCGAGGAAAUGGUCCGCAAGUACAUCAUUGCCGCAACCUUGAAGCCCCGUGACGACCCUAGUGUUAUCUUCCUCUACCAGCGCAUCCUAUGGGGUGUUCUUGUCCACGGUGGGCUCCAUCUUCAGGUGCUAUGGUUCUUCAAAUUCGUUCGCGACCACUUCUUCAUCGAUCUAGAGUACGGGCCCUUGUCCUACAACGACUCGGCCAGGUAUCGCGACUUCCCCGGGGCGGAUCAGGAUAUCCUCACCCACUACGACAAUGGACACCCCCUGGUCGACAACAUCUGUGCCUUGAGGAACUCGUUGUCUGACCUAGAAAUCGAUACAAUGUGGGACGACGACCAUGCAGCAACGUUCCUCAUGCCCCAGGUGUUUGUCCUGGCGCACCACCGCCGCCUCGUCUUUGCAGACAGCUACUACGACGAACGCAUGCCCUAUGUCAGUACGAGGGACUUUGUCUCCACCUCCCAUGACACCGUGAAACCGAAACUCAAGGGCCAAUUGAAACUCAACUCGAAACUCGUCAAUCUGAACAUUGCCACCAGUAAGGUCCUCAUAGACCUCUGGGUUGACUCCUAUCAGAAGUACCAUGGGUCCAUCCCGUUGGCCAUCCUCGAGAAAUUCGGCGAGAAGGUUGUGGACUCUAGUGGCACUCCUGUGAGUGAGGAGGCAAGUUUUUCUUGUUCCUCGGGGCUAUUCAAUCCCCGCUGA